CUUUUAAGGACUCAGUAACCAAACAAACAACUGCCCUUGCCUCACCUGCAUGUACUAUCCUUGCCUGCAAAUGAAAGAUGUCUGAAAACUGUAUCUUCCAUGGAUGUGUUGCAAAAGCCAGAGUUAUGUAGGAUGAAACUCUGUCUUAUUUUGCUGGUUGUUGCAGUCAGUGCAGAAGAAAUCCAAAAACAGAACAGUUGCAUUGAAGGGUUUCCGGGAAUGCCUGGAAGCCCUGGACACAACGGCUUACCUGGACGAGAUGGCCGAGAGGGAACAAAAGGAGAAAAAGGGGACUCAGGUGAGGCGGGACACCCAGGGAAACCAGGCAAGGAUGGAAUAAAUGGAGAAAAGGGAGAACCAGGAGCCCAUGGCAGAGUUGAAGAGAAGGGGAAGAAAGGAGACAAAGGAGAAAGAGGCUGGCCUGGGAAAUUUGGACCCAAAGGAAUUCCUGGACCUGUGGGUGAUAAAGGUCAAAAGGGUGAACUAGGAUUACAAGGACGAAAGGGGAUAAAAGGUGACGUUGGUCCCAUCGGCCCACAAGGAAUUAAAGGCGAAAUUGGAUUCCAAGGAGAAAUAGGUCUGAGGGGUCCCAUUGGGCCCAUGGGCCAUCUUGGUCCUAAGGGGGAAAUUGGAGGCCCAGGACCCAAAGGCAGUAAAGGAAUUCAAGGUGAGAAGGGCUGGAAAGGGGACAGGGGAGAAAAAGGGAACCUUGGAGGAACCCCCGUCAUUCCAAGAAGUGCCUUCAGUGUUGGUCUCACUGUCGCCACCAAGCUCCCCCCUUGCAAUAUUCCCAUCAGAUUUGACAAAGUGAUGUAUAAUGGCUUGAAUCAUUAUGACACAGCCACUGGGAAAUUUACCUGUGUGGUUGCUGGUGUCUAUUAUUUCACCUACCACAUCACUGUUUAUUCAAGGAAUGUUAGAGUUGCUCUGAUUAAAAAUGGGAUCAAAGUGCUCCACACUGUAGACAGAUACCAGGGGGCUGAAGACCAGGCCUCAGGAGGAACCGUCUUGGAGCUGCAGCAAGGCGAUCAGGUGUGGUUGCAAGCCCAUGGAGGGGAGACUUACAAUGGGUUGUAUGCAGACCCAGAUGACGAUACAACCUUCACUGGCUUCCUUUUGUUUAGUACCACUUCUACAGAGAUGCCUGAACCUAUUCCACUCUUUGGCGUGUGAUCUUGUGUUACAAUGUGAGGUCAUUUCAUUUUCAUAUAUCUUGUUGCUUAAUUCUCACUAGCGGCAGCAUCAAGAUGAACAUGGAAACAAACUUAAUGGUAGCAUGUUCACAACUCCCUGAUAAUCACAGAGGGGUUGAUGCUCAACGAUAUUUGUGCAUUAUCCCGUUUGUGUUAUUCUCAGCAUUUGGUUUGAUAUUUUUCAUGAAUAAAACUGUAACU